UCUCGAAGAAAACCAAAACGGAGCAGCCCUAGACUGACACUCGCCUCCAUUUCCUCUGCUCGUUUCGCUAUCGGAGAAGAUGGACACGAACGGCUCCGCCUCCGCCUCCGCCUCCGCCGAGAGAUCGAUGAAUCUCCCUCCGCAACAUCCUGAUUACGCUAGCAAACCUGUUCAGGAGGCGUUAAUGCAUUUGGCAUCUACCAACCUCAGAGAUCUGUGUAACGAGGCGAAAGCUGAGCGUUGCCGUGCCACCAGAGACUUGACGAGCUGUGGGAGAUCUGUGCGCUAUGCGUUGAAUCCGUGUGGGCAUGCUUCAUUGUGCAGAGAGUGUUGUGAGAGGUUUGAUCUUUGUCCAAUCUGUAGAAGUACACUACCAAGAUCUGGAGAUAAGCUUCGGCUUCGUCUCUACUAUGAGUGUGUUGAAGCUGGUUUAAUCUCCGGAACACAUGAAGAUGCAUCACAGGAUGAAGAUGAGGAUGGUGUUCAUCGCCUUUAUUCUCUGUUCGAUGUUGCCUUGAACAAUAAUUUGAUAUCUGUGGUUUGCUAUUAUAUCACCAAUGUGUGUAUGGAUGAGGCAGCUGUAUCUAGUGACCCGGUCAUUGCUUUCUUGCUGGAUGAAGUUGUAGUCAAAGACUGGGUCAAGCGUACAUUCAGGAGCAUCUUAGCUGGGCUUCAAGAAAUCUAUAGUCUUGAAACGAAGGAGAUGCAAGGGUGGUUAGAUAAACUUCUGAAGUAUUCGAAACAAGUGGCUGGCAUAUGUAGUGUGCUUGAAGUUAUGGAGUCAGCGUUUAAGGGUUCUGUUUCACCUCAGCUUCAAGACGUGGAGAAGCUUAAGGAUAACAUUGGAAAAACAAAGCAGCAUCUGGACAUUAUGAUCUGGUGCAUAAGACACGGAUUUCUGGAUGAUGUGAAGUCUCGGUAUUCUAAUUUCACAUCGUGGAAGGCUCUGGUGCUUGAAAGGAAAUCAAAUGCAAUUAAGCGUGCAUGGCCUGAUGCCGUAGAUCAGUCUUCAGAUUGCAGUGUACAGGGUGCUUCCCUUUUUAUUGAGGAUGCUUUGGAAAAUCUUGAGAGAGAGCCAGAGUACAGUCAAGACAUAGGGGCAGACCUAGAAGUUGGAUGUUUGCAGAACGAUGAAAGAUCAUUUCUUAGGUCCAGAAUAGAGGGAACAUCAGGAUCUUACCCAUUCGAGAAUCUUAGAACAGCUGCUGAUAAACUCUUUUUACAUGGAAGCUCAGAUUUGGUUGUUGCAAAGCAAGCCAUUUUUCUUUAUUACUUGUUUGAUCGGCACUGGACUACCCCUGAAGAACAUUGGAAGCACAUUGUAGAUGAUUUUGCUGCUACCUUCGGCAUAACCAGGCAUUCAUUGUUGGAGUCUUUUGUAUUUUAUCUUCUUGAUGAUCCCUCAGAGGAGGCACUCCAGGAAGCUUGUAGAACUCUUCCUGAAAUAUGUGGUCCAGAAACAUAUCCCAAGGUUGCACAAGUCUUGUUAGAAAGGGAAAAUCCUGAAGCAGCUCUUUUGGUCUUGCGUUGGUCUGGUCGUGAUGGCGCAUCGGAACUGGUUUCAAUUGGUGAAGCUGUCACAGCUGUUCGUGUGAGAGUGGAAUGUGGUCUUUUGAGUGAAGCAUUCACAUACCAAAGGACACUUUGCCUGAAAGUGAGGGAAAAUGAAUUGAAAAAUGGAGCUGUGAAACAUGUGGCUGAUGAUGGAGACAGCCGGAGUUGGACGGAAUGGAUGGAGAUACUUGUGAACGAAUUUUGCUGUCUGUCUAUUAGGAGAAACGUGGUUGAUCGAAUCAUUGAGUUGCCGUGGAACCCAGAUGAAGAGAAAUAUGUGCACAGAUGCUUAUUAGAUUCUGCAACUGAUGACCCCUCAUCAGCUGUGGGUAGUCUUUUGGUUGUCUUCUAUCUUCAGCGGUACCGAUACAUCCAGGCGCACCAAGUCGAUCUUAGGCUUCAGAAAAUUGAAGAGGCCUUUGUAUCCGAAAAUCGAAUUGGGGAAGAAGUAAUGUCCAGAAUGCGAUCACAGAGUCAUUGGAGAAAAGAAUUAGUUGAUAAAGCCAUAGAUAUACUACCAGCAAUACAGCAGCAGCAAGUCAGAUCUGGUCAGUUUUCUGAGAUGGAAGAUACCUCCGAAAGUGCUUAUGAAGCAGCGACAAGCACUGAUCUUCCAGAAGCAAAACAAUCAAGUGUUCCCGUUUCUACUAAUUCUGUAUUUCUCCAACGGGCUAACGCCGCUGGCGCAAGAGAGCCAGUGGCUAAUAGCGGCAGCAUGCCUUUUCAACCCAGCCGUUUGAUAGGAUCCGCUUCCAUUGAUAUCUCCCAUGGAAAGCUAUUUACAAGCGCAAAUAGAGGACAGAAGAGUGAAGUCAGAAGCAUAACCAAGGCUCUGAAAUUCGGUGAAGCGUCCACACCGUUCAAAGAUCUUAACAGAGCUCGUGGAAACAGCCAGCUCAAGGGAAGAAGGACUGAAGACACAUCUCCAGAAAUAAACGUUGAUAGAUUCAUGGACUCUCCUUAUCUCACAGCUAAUAAUCCCGUAACAAUGGAACCUCGCAGUCGCAGCAAGCAUCUCAAUGGAUCCGCGCAGAAACCGGAAUCCACUUUCUUUGGCGUAAGAAUGCAACAAGAUAGAGAACACCCGAGCCAUUUGGAUGAUCCAAUGGACAUGUCUUCAAGCUUGAAGAACAACAACAAUGUAUUGGCCACGGAGAGCAGAAAUAAAAGUGGAGGAUUAAGGUGGCGAUCAGAUGAAGGAAGCGAUGAGGAAAGUGAACCGAUGUGGGGCAUGGAGCCGACUAGUUCCGGUUCCAUGCCGGUUAAGGGAAGGAGGACACGUAGAUUCACUGCAAGAUGAAAUGAAACAAAACAAAAAAACAUCAUCAAUUGCCUUUAGCAUACAGAGAUCAAAUGUUGUAAAGAAGCAUUAGAGAGCUUUGUUUUUCUGUUUUUGUUUGUGCUGGGAAAAAAUGAUUUUGUGUUUUAUGUUAUCCCUACGGAGAUUUUGAAUUAUCAUUUUGAAACUUGGAAAUAAAACCCUUUUUGUUAUUA